AUGGAAUCCCCCGCUAUUCAAACCCCGCUUGAUCCGAAAGAGCAACCGAUCCUGGAAUCCGUACUUCGCAUUCGCGACGCACUCUAUCUACUGAAACAAGACAAGUCGUCUUAUAUCAGAUCUCGUGAUGUUCUUCCGCUCUAUGAAGAGGUGACCGAGGAGGUAGAAAAGCUCAAUGCUGUUCGAAAAGACCAAAACCGCCGCCUGGCGCAUAAUCGAUUGGACUACGUCUUAGACGACUGCUUCCAACUCAUUUCGCUUUUAUUCCUGACGGUUGGGAGGAACAAUGAAGCUCCGGCAGUAUACUCCCUUGCGGCUACAGUACAACGAUUACUUGACCAUCUGGAAGAAGCCGGAUUUUACAGUGCGAAAGACUUGAGCUCGAUCACAACGACGCUCGUAGAAAUGCGCGAAACCAUAGAACGGGGGAAAGAAGCACAUUCACCGGCCUUGCUAACGCUUCUCGAAAGUCGCCUAGACAAGUGCCAGAUCAAGCUAGAGAAACUGCAAAAAGAAUUGGCGAAAUUGAGCCACGAGCUCGCUUCAACACACGAAACCCUAGUCUCUGUCCUUCGGUCAACUGCGGCCGUUAAUACUCGCUCGAAGUUCUCUGCUUCGGAAGUAAACGGGCUUCGAGAUCAACUGAAGAAGAUCGAAGACUCGAUGAAAGACGGCAACUUUGUUGACGCGAACGGAACUAUACUGGACAACCAAGAUGAAGUGAAACUGCUGCUACACCGAUGUUGGCGUUGGACUGAGAUAGUAUUGGAGCGGGAGGGGAAAAUCGAUGAACGAUUCCGAGAGCAGUACGAGAGGUUACUCGACAUUCGUAACCAGCUGGACCGGCUUUCCGUCACACAAGCAUGGUCUCUCCGCGAGACAGAUCUGUUCGUUUACCAGCGCAAACUCGAUCGAGUUGACGAGGCGAGAGUCAACGGCAACUUCGUGGAUGCCGAGGGCAAGCCUGCCGACCUUCACGCACAGCGGACCCUCCUUUACCUGAUCCGGAGAAGCUACGCGUACAUUUAUGCGCUCCUCAUUUCAUCAGAACCUGUUUCAGAAGCACUGUUACCGGUAUAUAACCAGCUGCAAACACUACGACGUUGUCUAUUUGAAGUCAAAGAGUCCGGCGGUGUAUCCAACUCUCGGGAACUCUACCCAUACAGUAUGAAGCUCAACUCGAUUGACAACAUGCGCGUCGACGGCAAGUUCUACAUUGGAAACGAUAUCCCAGAGGGACAAGGUGGAGUGAACGCCUUGCUGGCCGAAUGCUACGAUCUAGUCUGGGAGUUGCGGGCUGCGGUGGCAGACGAUAAGGAAUAA